AAUCAACUUCUUUUUUGCUGUAGUGUGUGACGUGUACGCGUAGCGAAAAAUCAAAGAUUUUUUCCACAAAUUUCACAAUUUCUUUUGAUUUUCUCAAAGUGUUGAAGUAGCCUAACAUUAAAAUGGGUUCAUUUCGUCGCGACAAAGAUGAAGAGGAGGAUGGUCCGACGAAUGCGUAUCAGAAUCUGGAAAAGACUUCAGUGCUGCAGGAGACCCGCACGUUCAACGAGACGCCGGUUAAUGCACGAAAAUGCAUUCAUAUAUUGACCAAAAUCCUUUACCUGAUCAAUCAGGGCGAAGUGCUGGUGGCACGCGAGGCAACCGAUUGCUUCUUUGCGAUGACCAAACUCUUCCAAUCCAAGGAUGUGGUGUUGCGUCGCAUGGUCUACUUGGGUAUAAAGGAGCUCAGCUCUAUUGCCGAGGAUGUCAUUAUUGUCACCAGCUCCCUCACCAAGGACAUGACCGGUAAAGAAGAUCUUUAUCGUGCUGCAGCCAUUCGUGCUUUGUGCAGUAUUACGGAUCACACCAUGUUGCAGGCCGUAGAGCGGUAUAUGAAGCAGUGCAUUGUAGACAAGAAUGCAGCGGUUUCUUGUGCAGCUUUGGUAAGCUCCUUGCGGCUGGCCAGCACCGCUGGCGAUGUAGUCAAGCGUUGGGCAAAUGAGGCACAGGAGGCGAUGAACAGCGACAACAUUAUGGUGCAAUAUCAUGCGCUGGGCUUGCUCUAUCACAUUCGCAAAUCGGAUCGCCUAGCUGUAUCUAAACUGGUCAACAAAUUGACGCGUGGCUCGCUCAAGAGCCCCUACGCAGUCUGCAUGCUAAUACGCAUUGCCUGCAAACUUAUCGAAGAGGAAGAUGUGCCUGCCGAGGAGCUGGCGGAUUCGCCGCUUUACUCGUUUAUCGAGUCGUGUCUGCGGCAUAAGAGCGAAAUGGUCAUCUAUGAGGCCGCCCAUGCCAUUGUCAAUCUGAAGAACACAAAUCCACGCAUGCUCUCGCCUGCAUUCUCCAUUCUCCAGCUGUUCUGUGGCUCGCCAAAGGCAACGCUACGCUUUGCAGCCGUGCGUACGCUCAACAAGGUAGCCAUGACACAUCCGGCAGCAGUGACAACUUGCAAUUUAGAUCUCGAGGGUCUCAUUACCGAUUCCAAUCGCUCGGUGGCUACUUUGGCCAUUACAACGCUGCUCAAAACGGGCGCCGAAUCAUCGGUGGAACGUCUGAUGAAACAAAUCUCUACGUUUGUUGCCGAAAUCUCUGAUGAAUUCAAGGUCGUGGUGGUCCAAGCCAUUUGUGCGCUGUGCGCCAAAUAUCCACGGAAGCACACUGUACUUAUGAACUUCUUGAGUGGCAUGCUGCGCGAGGAAGGCGGCUUGGAGUAUAAGACCUCCAUUGUGGACACCAUCAUCACUAUUAUUGAGGAGAAUGUUGACGCCAAGGAGUCUGGUUUGUCACAUCUGUGCGAAUUUAUCGAGGACUGCGAGCACGUGUCGCUCGCUGUGCGCAUUCUACAUCUGCUGGGCAAGGAGGGACCUUUUGCUGCCACGCCUUCUAAGUACAUACGCUUCAUCUACAAUCGCGUCAUCCUUGAGAGCCCGAUUGUGCGUGCUGCAGCUGUCACGGCUCUGGCGCAAUUCGGCGCCUCAUGCCCAGCACUUUUAGCCAAUAUACUUGUGUUGCUUGGCCGCUGUCAAAUGGAUCCUGAUGAUGAAGUGCGGGAUCGUGCCACCUACUAUUUGUGUAUCUUAAACUCGGCUAAGCCAGAGCUCUACAAGAACUACAUUAUUGAACGCGAGAACUGUUCGCUAGCGCUGCUGGAGAAGGCAUUGUCAGAUCAUUUGAAUGGCGAUCUGGAGUCACACUUUGACAUUUCCAUUGUGCCUAAGGCAGCUAUUGUUAAACCUGAAAUCAACAACGAUGUCAUGAUGGUAACUAGUGCGCCACGUGCGCCCAAGAUAACCCGAGAAGAGGAGAGCGCUGCUCGUUUGGCACAGCUGCCGGGCAUCCAAGUGCUGGGUCCCAUUCAUCGUAGUACGUCGCCCAUACAGUUGACGGAAAGCGAAACGGAGUACACUGUGCAAUGCAUCAAGCAUAUAUUCGCACAACAUGUGGUAUUUCAGUUCGAUUGUCUUAACACGCUCUCCGAUCAAUUUCUGGAGAAUGUGCGCGUCGAUCUAACGCUGCCCGAGGGCUACACGGCCCGUGCCGUCAUUCCCUGCCCCAAAUUGCCGUACAAUGAACUGCAGACAACGUUCGUGAUUGUCGAAUUCCCGCCGGAUGCCAGCAGUUCCAUAGCUACGUUUGGGGCUACGCUGCGGUUUGUGGUCAAGGAUUGUGAUCCAAAUACUGGUGAGCCAGACUCUGAGGAGGGCUACGAUGAUGAGUACAUGCUGGAGGAUUUAGAGAUUACCGUUGCCGAUCAAAUACAGAAAACGAAAAAGAAUAACUUCCAGGUGGCUUGGGAUGCGGCCGACAGCGAAGAGUGGCUGCAAGCUGAGGAUACUUUUGUGUUGUCCGCAGUUAGCAAUUUACAGGAUGCUGUCAAUACCAUCAUUAAAAUACUUGGCCUCGGCGCCGCGAAUCUGUCCGAGAAAGUGCCCGAGGGUACGCAUCUACACACGGUUCUAUGCUCAGGCGCUUUCCGCGGUGGCGUUGAAGUGCUGGUGAGAGCCAAGUUGGCGCUCUCCGAGGGAGUCACAUUGAAUCUAACAGUGCGUAGCACAGAUCAGGAUGUGGCAGAACUCAUAACGGCAGCCAUCGGAUAAAACAGCGAGCCAUGCAAAAAUCUUGUUUGGUUUUUGCGUGCAAUAAAUAUGAUAUAAAAGAAAUCCAAGUAUAUAAAUGAAAAAACAAAAGGAAAAAAGUUAAAUAUAAUCAAAAAAUAUAUAAUUUUAUAGCUUUAAGUGGCGCUCUUGCAGAUAAUGCCCCAUGAUCAGUUUUAUUUUUUGUAUUCCAAACGGGGCGCAAAUUGUUAAAUUAAUUUGGGUUUUUGUUAUUGCGAUCAUUUCCAAAACAAAAACGAUUUAUGUUGAGCCAUAGAACGCCAAUUACUUGCAUUUGUUUACUAUCGAUUGAACAUUAUUGGCUUUUUUAGUUUAAGCAUUGAAAACCAUAAUUCAACAAAAAGACAUCGCAAUGCAAAACUAAACUGUGUUAUGGGAAAGCGGUAAAGAUGAAGCUGCCUUAAAUUCAAACCCUUCGCAAGAUUUCAAUGUGUAUUUUGUAUGUAU